AUGGGAUUCAGAGAUUCAGCGCCUUUAUCCGAUUUGAAAGCGCCUCCUUCUCGUCCACCUCCUCCUGACAACACCAACGACGAAAAGAAUCAUCGUCAGAGUUUUUCUCAUCAUCAGAUCGGAACGACACCUAUACCUGCUGCUGCUCUGACGAGGAAUAGUACUGCUGCUGGAUAUUCUUCUUUGCAUCAAAGUUUUCCUGCGGCGGCGGCGUCCUCGUCGCACGCGUCGUCGUUUGGUUCUGGAUUUCAGCAGCAGCAGCAGCAGCCGUCGUCGUCGUCGUAUGCGCCGGUUCAACACCAACACCAACACCAACACCAACACCAACACCAACACCAACACCAACACCAACACCAACAACAUUUCAUGCCACCGUCUCCGGUACCGCCGGCAUCCGUUCAUGGCAUUGCGUCUGCGCAGCAACAGCAAUUACCGGCGGCGCAGUUUUUCAAUCCGAACUCGCAGCAGCAGCCGUUCAUGGUGCCACAACAACAACAACAACAACAGCAACAACAACAUCCUUCUUUGACGACGGCGUUGAAUAAUCAACCGUACCAGCAGCAGCAAAUGCCAGGAACGACUACCACAACCGUUCGCGGGCGCGAACGGUACUGCUCUGGGGGCGCGUGGGUUGGCCCGGCGCCGGCGUGGCCGACGCCACCGGCGACGUGUUCCGUGGAGACGUGCGAUUUUUCGCGAGUGAAGCCAGAGUACGCGAAAUGUUGCGAGACUUUUAGGAAGAGGUACGAAGGGUUGUUUGGUGGUAAUAAUAGCGAUAGCAAUAGCGUGUCCUUCGCGAAGAAGAAAGAGUUGGAAGUCGUGAGUAGAAAGAUUGGAGGUUUAUUUUAUUUGAUGGGGAAAGAUAUCGCGGAGGAGAACGGCGCGGUCACUCAGGAGUUGGGCGUAAAGUUGAACGAUUUAGCCGGCGCGUUAGAGCGCAUGGAUUUUGGAACGGUCAACGCGGUUUUGUUAGAUAUAGGCGCGAAACACUGGGAAGAGGCCGUGUAUUGGUACCCUGGCUUGAAACGAAUCGUGAAGCAGUAA